AACGAUCCUCGAAACUCGCGCCGCUUUGCCUGCCGGUGGCCCAGUCGGUGGCCGUGGGUCCCAUCGGCUCCUCGGUCCCCGUGGCCUAUUACCCCGUGGGGCCGCUUUAUCCGCCGGGCUCGACGGUCCUCGUUGAAGCUCUCCAGCCUGGCCAGGGCUCGCUGGAUCCAGCACAGCCUGCCGGGGUGUCCACCCCUCCUCCCAGCUUUGUGCCAGCAGCAGACCUGCUGCAGGUCCGCUCUAGCUCUUCACCCAGGUCAUUGGUGAAGAAGUUGAACAAGACUCCCGCCGUCCUGGCACGGACCUCGG